GAGAUGGGCUCAGUCUGUCACAUCCAAAACAAGGAAAUCGUCAUGUAAGUAAUGGCGAUUCUUCUAGCCAACUCGCUAUACUUCUGCUAACACCGACCAGCUUGUUAAUUCUUCUCGAACUUGACCUCUGGAACCAGUGUAGCCAUGUCAUCCCGGGUGUUGCUACGGCAACAGCUGAUGCGGGAGCAGGCUCAGGAGCAGGAGCGGAGGGAGGCGCAGCAGCAGGCAUCUGUCGCUCAGCUCCGCCCUUUAGAAUCCACUCCUGCCAUCUCCGUCACGGUGCCACCGAUGGCUGCCCGGCCUUCUCCAGCUCAAGUACCGGUGGAGGUUCUGAAGGUGCAAACUCAUCUUGAAAACCCAACUAAAUACCACAUCCAGCAGGCUCAGAGGCAGCAAGUGAAGCAGUACUUGUCCACCACACUAGGAAAUAAAGUUGCCACUCAAACUCUCGGUGUAUCCCCUGUUCUGCAGUCAAACUCUGCUCCGGAGAGGGGCCUCUCUGCAAGCAGUGCUCCCAACAGCCCAAUGGCACAUCUUAACCUGGGCUCCAACAAAGAAGAGAUGGAUGAUGUAAUCGAUGACAUCAUCAGCCUUGAAUCCAGCUACAAUGAUGACAUCAUGUCCCUGAUAGAUUCUGGCCUGCAGCUCCCAAACACGCUACCAGGCAACCUUCUGGAUGUCUACAACAGUCCUGGCAUGCUGAACCCCACCAUCACCGUCAGCAAUUCUUGUCCAGCAGAUCUGACUAAUAUUAAAAGGGAAUCAACUGAAGUAGAUACCAGAACCUUCAUGAAGGAGAGGCAAAAGAAAGAUAAUCACAAUCUCAUUGAAAGGCGAAGGAGAUUCAACAUCAAUGACAGAAUAAAGGAAUUAGGGGCUAUGAUACCCAAAUCCAGUGAUCCGGAGAUGCGUUGGAACAAGGGAACCAUUUUGAAGGCUUCUGUUGAUUAUAUCAGAAAACUUCAGAAAGAGCAACAGAGGGCCAGAGAGAUUGAGAUGAGGCAGAAGAAACUGGAGCAAUCCAACCAGGCUCUGCUGCUCCGCAUACAGGAAUUAGAGAUGCGAGCUCAUCAUCAUGGCCUCUCCACCACUAUGCCUCCAGGCCUGAGUGCAGACGCUCCCUUCCUUCAGCAACAGCUUCUACAAGGAAACCAGUCCAUGCAGCCUGGCUCUGGGGAAGGCCAACCUCAGAACCACCUUAGCAUAGAUGGCGUCAUGACACAGACUUCCCCUUCUCCCUUCCUCACAGUACCUUCCUCCAGCUCUUCGGCUGCUGCAGCAGUAAGCAGCCCUCUCGGUCUGGAUACGUUUAGCUUUGCGGAGCUGGAUGACCAUACUGCCUCUGAUCUUUACCCUGAAGUGGGUUUUAGUGACAUUCUGAUGGAUGACGGCUACACGAUGCCCACCUUCAGGUCUUCAGAUCCGCUCUUCUCCACGAUGUCCCCUGGACCCUCCAAGACCAGCAGCCGCAGGAGUAGUGUGAACAUGGAGGAUGACUUGUGACCCAACUGACUACUAUAUGUAUGUUUCUGUGCUUUUCCUCGUGUGGGAUGUCAUGGGAUGUUUAUUUACUCAUGCUCAUGUCUUUCCAAACCUGUAUGACUUACUUUCUUCUUUGGAACUUGAAAGAAGAUAUUUUGAGAAAUGUCUCAGUUUUGAAGUCAGUGGUUACUAAAACUGAUUAAUAUUUCUUCAAAAUAUCUUCUUUUGUGUUCUGCAUAAAUGUGGACUGUCCCUUUUAGAAACACUCCAUGUGUUGUGCUGUCAUAUCGCCAUAAAAUUGAAAAAAAACUGUUAAUUAACACUGUUUUGUAGGCAGUCAGUGAACCCAAAAAUUUAUUCCAAAUUUGAAACGCACCCAAAACAUUUAGCCUUUUUGUAGCAAAAUUUUAGGACAUUUUUACCUAUGUAUGCAUAGCUGUGUUGCUGUAAGGGUGGAUCAUGUGACGUUUAUUAAUGUUUUAGACUCUGCAUUCAGAGCAUGCGUGUGCACAUAUACAUUUAUAUAUAUAUAUAUAUAUAUAUAUAUAAAGAUGGAUAGAUAGAUAUAUAUGUACAUAUAUAUAGAUAUGAUUUUGGAGUGUGUCGUGAGUAGUUUUGGAGUAGAUUUAUAGCAUGAACUUAUUUUUCAUAUAAUGUUGAAAAUGUUAGAGCAAUAUUUACAGAAAAUUCUAUUUUUUAACAUUCUUUGCUGGUUUUACUUUCAGCUAAGUACUUGCGCAUUUACUACUAACUGGUUGGAAAUUUCUACAUUUUAUUUGUUCAUUUACAACCCUUCCUUUUAUGUUCCUUCUUCAAUGUUACACUGCUAAACAAAUAUGUGAUGGUGCAGGUGCUCAUACAUGACUUUUAGUAACAAUUUACUAUAAGGUAAAAUUUGUAUAAAUUCAUUAGCAUUACUGAAUACAUCAGGUAUCAUGAAAAAAAAAAAACAUCAAAUUAUUUCUAGUUUACUAGAAGUUAAUUUCUACAUAUACUAAUACAAUUUAAGAUUAUAUUUUGUAAUGCAUUCUAAAAAUUCAUAAAUAAAAAUUAAUUAUGGACAAUGUACAGUAGUAUAUUUAUAAAUUAACAUUUAACCUAGAUGGAUAUAUGUUGUUGAAAUUGUUGUUCAUUGUUAGUUCAUGAUACCUUAUGUUAAUUAAUUUUGCAUAAAGUGUUAGAGAUUUUUACGAUGUGUAGAAGGAAACAAGCCACAUAAAUGUCAAGCACAAAUAGCUUUUCAGGUAUAACAUUUUAUAAGCUACCUCUACCUAAAGCGCUUUUUUUUAACCAGUAGAUCUAAAUCAGCAUUUUGUUAGAUGCAGCUAAAUACAUGCUUGCCAGCGAAGAUAAAUGUUCUGACGAUAAACGUACACAUCUGUAUUGUGGCCAGAAAUAUGACAUUAAGACUACUGCCUCUGAAAGCCAAAUGAAGUUUCAUCUCUGAUCAAACUGUGCCUUUAGCGUAAACGAACAAAAGUCAUUUGUUUUGUUUGUAAAUAUAGAAAAAUGAAUACAAUUCUUUAAAGGUUUAAAAGUUGUUCUCUAUUAAUUCUGCAGCAAUUCAAAUGAAUGUAUAAUAUAUAAAACUAUGAUUUAAAGCUAAACGCAGACUUGUUAAAUGUAUUUAAAAACUUGAAUGUGAAUGUGAUUAUGCAGUAUCCCUUUUUUCUAUCACAGGCAUGGACGUUUGAAGCCACAGAGCAAUAAUAUUUUUUUAUUGUUUCAAGUGCUGACAGAACUGUCCUUAGAAAUAAGCAAUAGUGUGUCUUGGGACAUAUUUCCACUCAUUAAAACUAAAUUGCCAGUUAUUGUUCUGCUGCUGGUGUGUGUCAUUGCCUUAACUUUCAGCACAUCUGUACUCAAUUAAAGGGAAGGUGUUGAUCUUUUUCUGUAAACAAGGUUUUUCAAAGCACUUAAUUUAUAAUUGAGAGAAAAUGUAUUUUAAUUAUAAUUCUUGUGUGUUGGUGGCCUUUGAUUGGCUAAAAUAAACUGAUGAGAAUACAUCUCAUUAGAUUGCUUGACUUUCAAA